AUUUAAAGGUUCAUUCAUUGAAAAAAGAAUUCAAUUAAUCAACGAUUUAACAACUCAGAUGUCAAGUACAACAAUAAAAGUUGCAGUUCAACGGAUGUUUGAAAGUUUUUAAGUGAAGCUGAUGGACAAAGAUAAAGGAAGAGUACCGAAUGGCCAAUGAUUCUCAGCAGGUCAACAAAACCGAAAGUACAGACCGAUCAGGGGUGUUUUUUGUCUAUAAAACGAUAAACCCAGAUAAAGACUGGGUGAAAAGUACAGUGGAGAAGUUGGAAAAAACUGGACAGAGAUGUUUCUAUCAUGAGCGAGAUUUCUUGCCAGGUCUCCAGAUCAUCGAGAACAUAGUGAGAUUUCUACAACGAUCUUCCAAGGUUAUCGUGGUGCUAACACCAGCGUUUCUACAGAGUCAAUGGGUUGAAUAUGAAACCCAGCUUGCAAAAAAAAUUAACAUUGAAAAUCCUGAACAACUUCAAGUAAUUCCAGUGCUUCUAGAAGAUUGUGCAAUCCCUCCAUUUCUCAGCACUACGACUUAUUUAGAUGUCCAACACAAAACGGAAGAACAAUGGUUUGCAAUUCUAAAAGAAAGCCUCAGGUUUGAAUGUCAAAAGGAGCUUAGCUUCGUUAAAUCAAGAGGCAUUCACAGAAAUCUAUUUUGUAAAUUAAAAAGUGUGCAAGGAAAACAAGAAAACGAUCUCCAAGAAUCCUGGCUUAUAGAUCUAUGUUUUACAGAAGAUGACCACGUUCUUGUUACAGAUGCUAAAAACAAGAAACUCAAGAAAUUCGUCUCCCGUGGAGCAAAUAUGGGAGCAACGGUUGACGUUUUGCAGUUUGAUUCUCGUCCGAUGUUCCUCACCCUGUUUAACGACAUAUCAGCUUACGUAACGUUUCCCGAAAACGAAUUCAUUCGAGUCAUUAGUGCUGGAAAUUCGCAACUGGCAAUCAAAGACAAGUUCACUGUUCCUUUACAGUGUGGUGGAAUAUGUAAAUUAGACGAAGAAAAGUUUGCUGUUUGCUGCCGUAGUCUGCAAAGUAUUAUUUUAAUGAAGCGAAACGGAACCCAGCUUUCUGAAAUAAGACCUUUGAAGGGUGACCCCUUUGAAAUUUCCGAACUUGACUUGGAACAAUUCUGUGAGAAUGGCUUUGAGGGAUUACAAAUACAGGAAUCAGAUUUCUGUGCGACAAAGAUUGAUUGUAAAAAGAUUUCUUCUGGAGGGACAGACGACGAACGAAAUAUAGGGGGACUAGAGGAAAGUGACUCGGGGUUACCCUCUCAAAACCAUAGUACCAUUCCUCCUGGUAUAGAAUCGGCAGUCCUGAAUGAAGCUUACGAUACCGACGAAGAAAACGAUAAUUUCCUAACGUUUAAUGAACACAAAGGAGGCAAGAAAGAUUUUCGAUUUUUAAAGACAAACAGAUUAAAAGCUAGAGAGGACAAGACUCAUUUCAUUAUGCCAAAUCACAUUUCGGCCACGUCUGCUGGUGUAGGAAAAUGGAUGAUCUACGUGGGUGAUUACACAACAAAUCGCAUCACUGUUAUUUACAUGGCGGAAAAUGGUUCCUUUCGAUAUCGACCCCUACCACCGGUUGCAGAACCCCGAGGAAUUCUUGUUCACGGCGAAACCGUUCUCGUUGCUGCGGGGAGUGUCCGCAUUUAUACUGAUAAACAUUUAAGUAAAGCGUCGGAAGAAAAUCUCUCUGUUGAGGCAUCUCAUCCAAGAUCAUUGGCAUUGAAUAAGAAAGGCGAUCUUUUUGCGCUAACACAUAAAGGGGAUGGUGACGAAUUCAUUUCUAUAUACACACUAUAAGAUGAUGACUUGUAUUUACUCAUGAGAUGGGUGUUCUGUUGUUACCCUUGCAUGAUAACAAUAUUUUUACGUCCCGUAAUUCUUCAAAGAAAUCUUUCUUUUUUAUACUCCCCGCUUGAAAAGUGAUAGUGAUCGGAAUGUUCGUCCGUCCGUAUGUUAUGCUUUGGGGUACCUAUCUCUUAUCCACAACUCCUCUUUUACCACUGAAUAAAAUUUAAUGAGACUUUCACAGAAUCUUUGUUCUAGUUCCACUGUGCACCUCCUAUAUCACUUUUUGAUCGGACACGUAUUUUGGAUUUCACAGAACAGAACAUGAGC